UGAAGCAUGUGAAGAGUAAAGGCCGAAAACAGAAGCAUAAGAGCCUGAAACGAAAAUUUGGUGCAUGUGCAAAUGAAAGUGUGAUUUCAGGGAAGAAUGGCGAUCUACUGAGGUUCCUAUUUCAGAAAAACUUUGUAGGCGAAGACAAGUGGAGCAUAGAAAUUGCCCGUUAUGGUGAAUUUGCAGUCACUAGAAUGGAAGUUCAGUGUUUAUCACCAGCAACAUCACUGUCUUGUAAGGUGAGAGAGAAGUGUUAUUUUAUACCUUUAAUAUAGAAUUGGGUUUCCACAAUCGAUGUAAUGCAGUGUGUAUUCAAAAUGAAUAGGUUUUAAAUAUUUGUGCGGCGUACUUGGAUGAGCCAGACGGUGAUUGUUGGUUUCUUCCGACAUAUUUCGGGGAACGAGGUAGAUGCAAUGAAGAGCAAUCUUGCUUUGCAAAUUGGCUUGCAAGUACGGUUGAGAUGUGCGGCUUAAAGAGGUUUCAUCGCCGUCUUCGUUUUUGCAAGAAGAUAUUCACCCCACUGCAUGACAGUAUGGAUGAUCAUUGGUAUUUAUUGGUCAUGGACCUGCAUGAAAAGGAAGCAUUAUUGUGGGACAGCUAUCCCGAUCCAAAGUCGGUCGGUAGGAGAAUGCAUCAUGCACGAGACGUGAUGACACUAAUGCAGAAGGUGUUUUCAUGCGAAAUGACAAUGUUCGGCGAUGUUUAUUACCACUUUCCAUCUUUCUCACUUACCUUGGCCGAAGGGGACCGGACAAAUCCCCAAACAUUUGAUAGCGGCAUAUUCGUCAUUAGGCACAUGCAGCACUAUCUUGACCCAUGGUCAAUAGGGUUCGUCUCUGAGGACCAGCGGAACCGUGUUGCUUUAGAAAUAGUACAGAGUCCCCGGAAUGAACAUCGUCGUGUUGUCCUAGCUGCUGCAGUUGGUGGAAGCACGAGUGUGGGUGCGAAAAAUGCAUUUAGUCCACCAACGGGACGAAAAUGCCGUAGUCAUCGAAAGCGGCGUGAUCGGACUUUGAGGUUCUAAUUUGUCAAGUAUUUGGCUGACUAUAAACAUGGAUGGUGUAAUAAAUUUAAAUUUGUAAUAUUUCCCUGAUUGUAUUAGAGUGAUGAAUACAGUUGAACAAUAUUUGUACUAUGUUAAAUUUCU